GAGCACCAAGAUUUGAGGAAACACAGCGAGCUCUUGAAAAUUUUGAUUGAUUUCCACAAUCUCUCUGUUCGUCCUUUUUCCAGGACGAGUAAACAAAGAUGUUUCGUGUCUCUCCACACGGAGUAGGAAACCAUCGAAACAAUAAUGAUAUGUAGAGGUACUUGUUCUCGCAGGGUUGAAAUGGUGAUAAUCUAAUCGAGGGAUUGAGAGUUUGCAGCCAGAAAUUGGUACCGGUGAUUCAUACGCGUUCAAUCGGAAUUGUUUACGCUCGGCAAUACAGCAAUCUUGUCCGUAGUAUUCACAAGCUGAACUGAGCAGCGAGGGGCUGCACGUUGUCUCGCCGCAGAGCUCUGCAGAAGAUGUGGGCACUACGUCCGCGACAGCAGGGCGAAGGCGUCGCGCUCCGCACGUUGCUCCUAGCAUUGGCUUCAUUCUGCUCCUUCUGGAGAUGUGGCAACAGUCAACUGAGCAAGUGCUUUGGCCCCAACAAGGAUGCUGUGCCUAUCGGAGAUGCGCAGCCAGGAACUGGUGGCUAUUCUCUGGAUGUCCGAAAGACAACGCUGGACGAGUAUGAAGUUUACGCAAAAGGUCAGGUGCCUUUCGUCAACAUCUUAAUCGAGUCCUCGGAGUUGGGCAGUUGGUCGCCACUGAAUGCCAGUAGCAUAGCAAACAGCAUUGACCAAAGCUUGUGUUCAGGCUCUGUGACAAAUGCCGUCCCCAUCAUGGACAUGGAGUUUGGUUUGGUGUUCAGGACUGCAUCUACAUCGUGUAUUGUAUUCACGUUGACCGUAGUGAGAAACAAUGACACGUGGUUUGCGAAUAUCACAUCCGAUAGCUGCCAGUCCCAAAACGGAUCAGAAAUUGUUGGAUGUGGACCACCGCCAACCUUGAACGAUGCUGAUCUGUUGGUGGCCUCGGAGGACAUUGCGGCCUAUCAAUGCCGGCCGGGCUUCCGAGAAACUGGCGUCCUCAACAUAACCUGUUUCGACGACAACGAGUGGGAAAACACAACACAGGAGUGCAGGGAUAUUGACGAGUGUACCGAGGAUGCGUUCAUAACGUGUCACACAUGUGUCAACACACGGGGUAGCUACAUGUGCAGCUGCAACAACUACUACAGCCUGAUCAGAGGACGCUGCUUCCGCAGCUGUGCUCGACCUGAGCAUCACGUGAGUAGUGAGUUCACACCUGCGAAUGGGCCGUUUCUCGUCAACAUAGAGCUAACGUUCCAGUGCCAUGACGGCUACCGGCUGGAAGGAGAGAAGGUGCUGCAAUGUCUGGACAAGACGAACACCACAGGCUGGUCAUCAGCAUCUCCAAAAUGCAUAAAAAUCGAAGAAGUGUCCACCGGUGGACUAUCCUCCACGCAGAUUGCCAUUAUUGCUAUCUGCUCGCUGGCAGGUGUUGCUCUCAUCACCACAGUGACGAUCAUUGCCGUUAUCUCACACAGACGCAGCAUGUACAAGACGAUGGCGAAGCAACGGUCGCGCACCUCCAUGCAGAGCCAGUCGACGCGAAUGGUCCGCUCCGUUUCAUCAACAUCCACAUCCCCGGAAGCCUCUCUGCUGCCAGGAUCAGGCGAUCCCCUUGACAAUCGUCGGCGCACGAAGCGCAACAGUCGUGUUGAGCGGCGCAGUCGCAAGUAUAGUUCUGACAGCCUGGCGCGGGCUCAAGAAAACGAUUUUCACAUCACGCCCGCGAGCGGAGAUAUCUCCUUCCAGCAGGGUAUCACCGAGGUGGCCGAGGAAGGGUUCGACGGAGGGGACGACAUGGAACUGGAGCUGCUGAGAGCAGCGGUGCAACGGGACGGCUCUAGGAACGCAAAGAUCAGCACAACGUCCCAAGACUCGGAUCUGCUCGGCCCGGGCACUGCACCAUCGUCCGAUUAUGCUGCAAUCGGCCCUAGGGGAGUAGUGUAACCGGUCUUAGCUGAAAUCCCUACCAAACGUAAAGUCAUUACAUGGAUGGAGAUUAUCCAUUGCAUAGUACACUGCAAUACUAGAGCACAGUUAUCAACUAUAAUGUACAGCAAGUAAAUUCAGCUUUGGCGUUUCUUGUACAGUCAGACCUCGCAUAACCGCACACAUCCAUUUUCCACAAAAAAAUAUCCAGGUAGGCGAGGGAACCGGAUAAUCGAACACACAUGCUGCCAUAUGCUGUAAAUCGGUAACCAACGACUUUCUUCCGGGUGGCGAGGGAUCCGGAUAAGAGAGGAGCGGAUAAGCGAGGCCUGACUGUAUCAGGUUUAUGUAUUACCCAUGAACAUACAAUGUACAUGUACUUUUACUCGCAGCUCUUUAUGUACAGAUCACCUUGACAACCUCUCAACUACGACCCAUGUGUACAUAUUUUUCAGCAAUCGCUCAGGUAACCUACAUUUUUGUACAUUGCACAUUGUAGAUGGUGAACAAUUUCCAUGACCAUCACCAUUGUUUCUAUGGUUACCAAUGGCCUGUAUACAUGUGAUCGAUUAUCAGUCUAUCACCAUUGUUUCCAUAGUGACCAAUGCCCUGCACAUGGUCGUCACCUGCACACAGUCAUGUGCUUGCAUUUUCUUAUACCACGCAUGUUCUUCAGCUCAUUUCAGUACGCCUUA